AUGGCUUCACUUGGCGCAGCCAGCACUCAUUUUGGGUUUGAUCUUUUCAAAGAGCUGAAGAAAAGAAAUGACAGCAAUGUCUUCUUUUCCCCUGUGGGCAUCUCAACUGCCAUCGGCAUGCUCCUCCUGGGGACCCGAGGAGCCACCGCAUCCCAAUUACAGAAGGUGUUUUGCCCUGAAGAAGAUACUGAGAAUUUAAGAAGAAAGGCUGAAGAAAAAGAGGUGAGGAGACAUAUUGAGAAGACAGAAGAGAUACAUCACCGAUUUCAAAAGUUUUUGACUGAAAUAAGCAAACUGCCUAAUGAUUAUGAACUGAACAUAAGCAACAGGCUGUUUGGAGAGAAAACAUACCUCUUCCUUCAGAAAUACUUAGAUUAUGUUGAAAAAUAUUACCAUGCAUCUCUGGAACCUGUUGAUUUUGUAAAUGCAGCAGAUGAAAGUCGAAAGAAGAUUAAUUCCUGGGUUGAAAGCCAAACAAAUGAAAAAAUCAAAGACCUGUUUCCAGAUGGUUCUCUCAGCAGCUCUACCAAGCUGGUGCUGGUGAACACAGUUUGUUUUAAAGGGCAAUGGGAUAGGGAGUUUAAGAAAGAAAAUACCAAGGAGGAGGAAUUUUGGCUGAAUAAGAGUACGAGUAAAUCUGUGCAGAUGAUGACACAGAGCCAUUCCUUUAGCUUCACUUUCCUGGAGGACUUGCAGGCCAAAAUUGUGGGGAUUCCAUAUAAAAACAAAGACCUAAGCAUGUUCGUGCUUCUGCCCGAUGACAUAGAUGGUCUGGAGAAGAUUAUAGAUAAAAUAAGUCCUGAGCAAUUAGUAGAGUGGACCAGCCCAGGGCAUAUGGAAGAAAGGAAUGUGAAUUUACACUUGCCCCGGUUCCAAGUGGAGGAGCGUUAUGACCUUGAGGCGGUCCUGGCCGCCAUGGGCAUGGGAGACGCUUUCACCGAGCGCAAAGCCGACUAUUCAGGAAUGUCCCCACGCUCCGGGUUGCAUGCCCAGAAGUUCCUGCACAGCUCCUUCAUCGUGGUCACUGAGGAAGGCACUGAGGCUGCAGCUGCCACCGGUGUAGGCUUAAAUGUCACAUCAGCACCAGGUGUUGAAAAUGUUCACUGUGAUCAUCCCUUCCUGUUCUUCAUCAAGCACAAUGAGUCCAACAGCAUCCUCUUCUUUGGCAGAUUUUCUUCUCCUUAA